AAACCGUCAGUCAACGUUUGUGUUCUACCCCAAACAGUGGCAUAGUGUGAUAAAGCAACGGUGAUCGUGUGAUCUCCAAAUACAUCUCUCCGACGUCUCGUGCUUCGCCAUAUCGCCAACCCAACUCCCGCGUUCUAUCAUGACGGAUGCAAACAAUCUGUUAGCUCUUCUGCAGCGCCCACUGGAACCGACCUUCCUGCCGAAGGAUGACGGCAAGACGGUGAUCGAUCUGCCGGACGAGUUCCUUACCGACCGGUACCGUCCGAUCGGGGCCGAGCUCCAGUCACGCUUCUCGAACGACGCCGAACAGCGCAUCCCGGUGCGACAGGUUGCAACGCCCGAUCUGUCCUUCGCGAACGGAAUCCCACGUCGUGGUGGCUUUUCGCUGUUCAUCCCGAAGCAUCGUGAUGCGGCUGCCGCGCUGAUCAAUCUGUUCCUGGAACAACCGGACGUGCAGACGCUGAUGAGUGUGGCCACGUACUGUCGCGAUCGGCUGAACCCGGUUCUGUUCCAGUACGGGUUGGCUGUGGCCGUGCAGCACCGCGAGGACACGAAGAACGUGACCAUCCCGUCGAUCGUUUCGCUUUUCCCCGAUCAGUUUGUCGAUCCUGCCGUCUUUCCGAAGCUGCGUGAAGAGGGCUCUGUCGUACAGGCGGAGAGUCGGAUGGUGAUCGAUAUUCCACCGAACUUCACCGCUUCCGACCGGGAAGAUGAGCAGCGUUUGGCGUACUUCCGGGAGGACAUCGGCGUUAACAUGCACCACUGGCAUUGGCAUCUGGUGUAUCCGGGCGAUGGACCGGACGCCGUCGUGCGCAAGGAUCGUCGCGGCGAGCUGUUCUACUACAUGCACAGCCAGCUGAUCGCACGCUACAACAUCGAUCGGUUCUGUGCUAAGCUGAAGAAGGUACGCCAUUUCACCAACUUCCGCGAACCGAUCGUCGAAGCGUACUUCCCGAAGAUGUUGCGCAGUCAGACCAACCGUGCCUACCCGGCACGUGCGGCCAACGUAACGCUGCAGGACGUGGAACGGGUCGGCGACAAUACGUUCGUCACGGUGAACGAUCUCGAACGGUGGCGUGAUCGCAUUCACGAAGCGAUCGAUCAAGGAUUUGUGUUGGAUAAGGCUGGCAAUCGCAUUAUGCUGGACGAGGAGCGCGGCAUCGACAUUCUCGGUGAUGUGGUGGAAGCGUCGAGCAUUACGCCGAACGACAAGCUGUACGGUAGUCUGCACAACAUGGGCCACAAUGUGAUCGCGUUCGUGCACGAUCCGGACAACCGCUACCUGGAGGAUUACGGUGUGAUGGGUGAUGUGACGACGGCGAUGCGUGACCCAAUCUUCUACCGCUGGCACGGCAUGAUCGACGGAAUCUUCCGCCGGCACAAGGAUCAACUGACGCCCUACACUGCUCAGCAGCUGGGCAAUCCGGGCGUUACGGUGAGCUCGGUCGGUGUGCAACUGUCCCGGCCGAACACGCCCGCCAACGUGCUGCUUACCUUCUGGCAGCGAUCGCAGGUCGAUCUGGCCGCCGGGUUGGACUUCGGUCCGCAGGGUAACGUGUUUGCGUCGUUCACGCAUCUGCAGCACGCGCCGUUCUCGUUCCGCGUGGAGGUGAACAACGAUUCGGGAGCCAUCCGGAAGGGUACGCUACGUAUCUGGAUCGCCCCGAAGGUGGACGAGCGUGGCACACCGCUUACGUUCCGUGAGCAGCGGCUGUACUUUGUCGAGAUGGACACUUCCACGGUGACGUUGAACCCUGGCAUGAACACGAUCGUCCGUCGGUCGGACCAAUCGAGCGUUACCAUCCCGUACGACCGGACGUUCCGUGCCAUCGGCACCAAGUCCGUACCGACCGGCACCGAUGAGCUGGGACAGUUCCGGUUCUGCGGUUGCGGCUGGCCCCAGCACAUGCUCGUCCCGAAGGGUGCGCCCGAAGGCGUUCAGUUCGAUCUGUUCGCGAUGGUUUCCGACUACGAGCAAGACGCCGUCGCCCAGGAACUUGAUCCGAACGCACCGUGCAGUGACUCGCACUCAUUCUGUGGACUGCGCGACAAGAAGUAUCCGGAUCGUCGUGCCAUGGGCUAUCCGUUCGAUCGCUCCACCGACCGUACCAUUACCACGCUGGAAGACUUUGUGAGCCCGAACGCCAACAUGAAGACGGCCACGAUUCAGGUGAAGUUCAACAACACCGUGAUUGCGCGCACCUAAGACACUAGCCACGAAUCAAUUUUAACGGAAAUUCUGAAGAACUCCACAACAAAUAAAAGGAAACGCAGAUAACUUCAACACAGAAUA